AUGUUAUAUGCUAAAUUAUGCAGGAAUAAGAAGACAAAAAAAGGGAAAAAGCAGGCAAUUCCUAUCGAGAAAAAUGCAGCAAAACAGUCCGAGGAUUCAUUACUUGUUGGGAAAUGUGACUUUACUUACGCUUCGGCAAAAAAUAAUGAAGCUAUUACGUGUAUUUCUGACGAUGAUCAAACUAUCGAUAGAAGGGAAUUUUUCGGAGGAAAUCGUUCAUAUGGUCGAAAAAAAUGGCUAUCAAGCAUAUCCGAUGAGGAAAAGAGCAACAAUCCCAGUAAUGUUCGAAGAUCUGUAAUGAAGACGAAAGAUGACAAAUUCGCUUUCGCAAAUAUCACAGCACAAAAUUCUGACAAGCAUUGUUUAGACGAGAAAAAAGUGGAACCUAGAGUAUCCAGGAAGUCUUCUCACAGAGUAAUGACUUCUCCAAUUCAGGAGAAUGAUGAUGCAAAUUUAGAGAGUACAGGAUUUCGCAAAGAAAUAGCAAAGAUUCCAUUAGGCAAAGCAAAACAGCUGCAGGAACGAUUAGGAACGAAGUUGUUUGACAAGGCAUUCUUCGUUGAAAAUUCAUCAUCUAAUUCUAACAGGAAAUCAUCUCAAAGGACUUUUGUGCGUGAAAAUCCAAAAAGACCACGUGAAGUGUCAUCAAAAAUACCGGUAUCUAAAUUCAGGAACGCGUUCGAGAAUGAAAAAUUGAAACGACCCGUAUUUGAUCCUCGAUUCGAUGACAGAUGUGGAGAGUUUAAUAAUUAUAUAUACCAGAAUAAUUAUAGUUUUCUAAAUGAAAUACGUCAGCGAGAGAAAAAGAUAUUGAUAAGAGAACUGAAAAAUGCGACAGAAGAAGGAGCUGUUAACAGAACCCGAUUAAAAGAAGCACUCAGGAAAAUGAAAAAUCAGGAAAAAACACAAGCAGAUGUUAACCGUCGUAAAGAAGUAAUCCGUGAAAUACGUCAUGAGAACAAUGAGCGCAUGCGUCAAGGCUUAUCACCGAUCUUUAAGACAAGAGCACAAAUUCGGGAACUCAUAUGGCGUAAAAAGUAUGAUGAACUGAAAGGAGGAAAAAGAUUGGAAAAAUAUCUUCGUCGCAAAACCAAAAAACAGGAUAAACGAUAUGGUAUCAAUAAAUCAGUGAACCAUGAAAAUGAAAAUGAAGUAGCAACAUACUGUGAUGAUUGA